GUUUUUCUAUGGUGUGCCCAUGGGCACAUGCUAAGCGCGGAAAAUUUUGUGCUUGAGAGAUUUUGAUUGGCUCCUCUCUCUUGAUAAUGGUGGACCCCCCUGCAAAUACACCAACCACACCAAUCAAAAUCUUCCAAAUACAAAAAUUUCCGCGCUUAGCAUGUGCCCAUGGGCACACACUAGACAAACCGUAUUAUUUUUGGUUCUUGAUUCUUGCAGGCAAACUCAGCAUCACAUCCUAGGUUGAGUCUGAUCACAGAAAUCUCAAAUCGGCUUGGCUUUUCUGUUAAAGAGGACAAAAACGGGAAGAAAAAAAUUGCAGAAGAUUUACGCAGAGUUGAAGGUAAUCAAGAGAAGAAUGGUAAUGAUAGUGAUCAAGAAAUGGAUUAUGGCCAUGAUGGUGAUGCUCAUGGUCCUAGUGGCUAUGAAGGAUAUGAAAGAUUUCAAGGAUCACUUGGGAAGUUGCCAGAGACUGUGAAAGAAAAGCCAUCAGAGUAUAAAAAGAGGAGGAGAGAUGUAAGUGUACAGACAGACUCUGAUGAAUGUGCUCAUGGUGACAACUUAAGACUUGCUGGUGAUCCAGCCCCUUUGUAUGAUUCUUUAUCAGAGCCUUUAUCUCAAAAGCAUCUAGAUAAGGUGGAAACUGCAUUUGUUGUACAUACAUUGUGGAAUGGUGAAAGUUCAGGAGAGAUGUUGAUCUAUUUCCUAAAAGAUGGUCAGACUAUGAAAAUUAAUCAAGUGCAACUUCUUCUUUUCAAGGAACAGCUUGAACUGGAAUAUCUGGUUCAUAUUAUGCAUGACAGGUCAUUUGUUCACAGAAGAUGGAUGAACAAUAUGAAGACCAGGAUAAGGCAAAUAACUAGAUUGCUGAACGGAACCAGGGAGGUGUACUUCAGGCCUAAAUAUGUCUGCGACAAGGAUGGAAAAGAAAAGGAAAUGCCUUGCGGGAGUGUGAAGAUCCAAUAUGAUCAACUUGGAACCUAUGUGGAAUAUACACGGAGUCAAGUUGGACUGAGCUCCAUCACUCUAGAUGACAUUUAUGAUUAUGACUAUACUCCAUCAGAACUUAGAGCAGCAUAUUGGCAGAUCACCGGAGCUGAUGAUGAAUCUGUGAAAAUAAAGAGAAUAUUGAGAAAAGCUCUUGAGAAUGCUGAAUUCAAGCUCCUUGGUAAAUUUCUGGAGGAGAAUCCGUCAUUCAGUGAAAUUCCAGAUGGCUAUGAAUUGGAGCAUUAAAAGUUAAUCAAAUCUGAAGGCAAUGUUUUCUACAGACUGCAAAGCUAUCCAAGAGUGGAAAUAUUAUCUGAGGCUGAAAAGUGAUUAGAGACUGAAAAACUCUAGAGUUCACUUCUAUAUAGAAUUGGAACGAUGGUUGGAGGAAAUGGAAAGUGCUAUAGAAUAGGAUUAGAUUGGUUGCAAAAACACGACUGGCACAAGAAUGGAAAGAUCAACAUAAGGAAGAUAUCAACUUUAUCCCAUUUCCAUGUAUAAUCAUUAUUAUCUUAUGUAGUUGUUAUAUAGGUACCUGCAGCCCUUCAGGCUGCAUAUAUACUCUCUAUUAUAUUCACCGUGUUAUUUGUCAACUCCAUAUAUAAUAUCAGAGCCAGGAUUUUAUAAACACCUAGAGAGUUGCUUUCUAAUAGUUUACAGAGGUAGCAGCUCUCAA